AUGGACUUUGUAAAGCCUGUUUUGCAAUACCAAUAUACUCCCCGCAUUCAAUUUUAUUCCGAACCACCAUCUCACAAAUUAGAGUUGGAACAUCUGGAACUACUUGCAAUUGAACGGUUAAAGGUCCUUAAAUGCGUUGAAACUGUUGGACAGGAUUUCGUUCGUGGUAGUAAAGAGUAUGAAGAAAGGCUCACAUCUGAACUCUCCAAACUUGGUUCAUUCGGAAAAUCCUUAACUCUUACGUCACAUCAUUCAAAAAAUGUCUCUGAAGAUGUUUUUAGGGACGUAACGUCUCACUUCAUUCUUCAGUUAUGUCAGAGCCCUAUAAUACGAUGUUUUCCCCUUCAGAUUGCAUAUUGCCGCAGCGAAACAAUGCGUCGUUGGUUUAUUCAACAGGAGUCAGAUCUUUUUCGAUACAGAUUCAACUUGGAGCGAGCUGCAUCAAUUCGGGGUCCAGAUACUAUUAGUGAAUUCCUCACUGCAAAUGACCUUAACUUUUCACCCAUCAGUUCUGAAGAAUCACAACCACUUCAGAAUCAACUCUUGGCUGGCACUACUCUUUAUGGUUUUCAUCCAAACAAUGCCACUUACUAUAAAGUGUACUUUACUGAAGUACCUGAUCUCAUCCGUCGUAGACAGGUCUUCCUGAAAGCAGGCUUCGCUUACGUUCCAGACACGGAGCUGGUUACGCUAAUUGUGACUCGUUUCCGUGCGGCCCUGUCUCGCAACUUAUCUCGACUUGGGCUUGCUCUUGUCCCGCGUCUGGCCGAUGAGGAGGCGCGCUUGCUACCGCUUCUAACGAGUCUCUCGAAGCGCUACCUCGGUGAGGAUGAUUUCGGGACAAAGAAGCCCGUCUUCGGCGCCGUCUCCGCUGGUCAGGUGGAGUCUCUCGCCCGCACUCCCGGUCUCUUCCCUCCCUGCAUGUCGCGCCUGCAUGAGGCCCUGUCGUCAAGUCACCACCUCCGGCACUGGGGUCGCAUGCAGUAUGGUCUAUUUUUAAAGGGAAUAGGCCUGCCACUGGACGAGUCUCUGAAAUUUUGGAGAAAUGCCUUUGCUCCCAAGGUCGACCCUGAUCAAUUCGCCAAGCAGUACUCCUACAGUAUUCGUCAUAACUACGGCAAAGAGGGCAAGCGAGCGGACUAUACUCCUUAUUCUUGUAUGAAGAUUAUUUCGUUUAAUCAACCGGCUACAGGUGAAUUUCACGGAUGCCCCUUCCGACAUCUGGAUUUGGAUUUGCUGCGCCAACGCCUCGCUGUCGGCGGCAAGCUUUCGUCUGAUCGCGUUGAGGCCAUCGUCACUCGAGCCAAAGAUAAGCAAUAUCAGCUAGCCUGCAGGGAGUUCUUUAAAGCUGCACACCCCGAGUUGUCUCCUGAGGAUGCGGCUUCUGUAAACAUCAACCACCCAAACCAGUUCUAUGAACUGGCACAAAAGGCCGCCAGGGGGCUUCAGUUCGCAUUAAACGGAGCUUCGGAUGGCUCCUCCCAACGCACGCCUGGUGUGAAAACACGGGCUGUGAAAGUUCCACUAAAUGACCCGCAGAUCAUCAACCAGAGCAGCUCCAUUCUUGACGACACAACUAUCGACGCGGAACUCUCAAAAAUUGAUUCAACCCUCUUGGAAUACUCCUCCAUCGAUUUCUAG